AUGGUUUCACACACAGCAGUACUUAGUAUUGUACACAGUGGUAAAGGUAUUGACAGAGAGACGUGGAUGCAUACUUGCAGGGACACAAACAGUUGGGGAUGCAAGAGAAGUACCGGUGGAGUCACAAGAAGUACCGGUGGAGUCACAAGAAGUACCGGUGGAGUCACAAGAAGGGCUGGCGGAGUCACAAGAAGGGCUGGCGGAGUCACAAGAAGUACCGGUGGAGUCACAAGAAGUGCUGGCGGAGUCACAAGAAGUACCGGUGGAGUCACAAGAAGUACCGGUGGAGUCACAAGAAGUACCGGUGGAGUCACAAGAAGUACCGGUGGAGUCACAAGAAGUACCGGUGGAGUCACAAGAAGUACCGGUGGAGUCACAAGAAGUACCGGUGGAGUCACAAGAAGUACCGGUGGAGUCACAAGAAGUACCGGUGGAGUCACAAGAAGUACCGGUGGAGUCACAAGAAGUACCGGUGGAGUCACAAGCAGAGCAAAAUUAAACAUGAUGAAAUAA